CAGAGGCUCACCUAUCCACAGCUAAUGUCCGACCCUCCCCCGCAGCCCGAACCACCCCGGCCCCCUCGAGUCUGGCUGAUAACCUCCGGCUCGAACCCCCUCGGGCACGCAAUUGCGCUCGCCGCGCUCCAAGCCGGAGAAUCCGUCGCAGCAGGCUGCACGCGCGAGGAAAUCCACGCCAACGAUGGACCCAUACGAGAGCUAAAGUUGAGCGGCGGCGACAGGUUCGCCGUGCUCGAACUGGACACCAGGAAUAUCGCGCUCUGCCAGAGCGCACUCGCGGAAACGGUGCAGACUUUCCAGAGGGUGGAUGUUGUUUUGAAUUGCUCUUCUCGCUCGUAUAUUGGGACUUUGGAGGAGUUGCCGCAUACCCACAUUUUGGCACAGUUCGAAGUGGCCUAUUUUGGUCCUGUGAAUAUGAUGCGCUCUGCUGUGCCGUUUUUGAGGAGGCAGAGGGGUGGGCAUAUUGUGAAUGUCACGGGUCUCACGGGACAUAUGGGGACGCCUGGGCUGUCCGUUAGGUGUGCUGGGGAUCAUGCGGUUGAGGGGUUUAGUGAUGCACUUGCGUACGAGAUCGCCCCGUUUAAUAUCAAGGUUACCAUUGUGCAGCCUCCGCUUGAGGUCAACGUGCUCUCCUCACGCAUCCAUCUGACCCCCACCCAGGAAGAGGGCUACACAACCUUUGAGUCGCUUUCUAGAAUUGUGAAGGCUGUGCCGCCGCCGAAGGAAGUGCUGGAAGAGACUGUCUCAAUAGUCAUGCACAUCGCAGCAUUGGAGAAUCCUCCCGGGAGAAUUGUUGUCGGCGCUGAAGGGAUUGAGCAGGUUAAGGAUCGAUUGAAGAUUGUUAGUGAAGAAUUGGAGGAGUUUCUGGGCGCUAGUUUAGGAGCGGAUACUCCAAAGGAAUAGGGAUCGUGAAACAUUAUUUUCAGCGGGAGCUGAUCCUUUUAUCAUGUUCCGCUUAGUAGUUAGGAUCCUGAUCUUUGGUAUUUCGUUGUGUACUCGAGUAUAGAAUAUACAUGUAUGAGGGCCAACGCUUGACGGAAAUGUAAUCCAAAACUAAUUUAGUGCUCUGUUUCGCUGUUUUUAACUUAUAUCUCAACUCGAAAUUUCGACGCCUCCAUGCCCAGCUUAUGAUAUUAACUCUAAAUUGGAGCCGAGGUGAAUUACAAGCAUAAGUUAAUGUAUCAUAGGGAUUACCGGCUCGUCUUAUGUCCUAACCUGGGUCCAGAAGAUAAAACUUGGGGUGUCCUAACCGUGGGGUCUAGACUCGCGCCCUCGUUGCGUUUAUGGAAUUACCGUUUUAGGGAACAACGCGAAAACGCGCCCUCUAGCAUUUACCAGCCCUCCCCUCUCCUUCGCAACCACCACCCCCUCCCCAAUGUCAUCCUCCCUUCCCUAAACCCACUACAAGUACUCGUACAGUGCCAACUGUUCACGAGUACCAAAAUCAGCGCAUCGUUAUUACCGCAUUCUUCAUUUUUACUCGAUCCUCUCACAAUCCCCAUGUACCAGUCCUCCUCCCAACUAUCUGUAUUAUAAACACUUUACGCGAAAGUCUUCAGAAUGGACAUCUGGACCGGGAGUAUCUCUCUCGAUUCCACCACUCCACCACUUGAAGGCCUUCGACUAUCUACACCCUCAACAUCUACCCCUCCCCCAUCGGUGAUCAGUCACCUGACAAAGAGUAUCUCCUCAUCGACCCUGUCGUUAAUAUCCCUGAUCGAUCCGACCCGAAUCCCACUCUUCCUUGCUGCGGGUCCUUCAUUAGAAUUGACGACUACAUCUCCAACAACAGAGCUCUACUUCCGUCAAUUGUUUCUUUCCAAACUCCCGCUCUCGACCUCCUCAUCAUGCGCCGAGCAAUCCCGCGUAGCGCUCCUAGUGAGCGUGUCUAACCCAUCAGAGCGCACUCCAGGGGAUUGGCAAAUCACCGAAUUAGCAAUCUACGGAGCCAUCAGCCAACCUUCAGCUCUAGAGUUGGACGCCGCAACACCACCGCACUCCUCCCCUCCACUCGAAGAUCAAAGCUCCGCCCUAACCACCGUCACCCCCCCCUCCAACCUCCAAAAAAUAGUGACCGUCCACGCUCUACCUUUAUCUUCUAACCAUGCCUUCCCAACAUUCCCCCCAAAGAUCAAGCAGGAGAAAACCUUCGCGAUCCGAGAGGACGCCGCUUCCUUCAUAGCGCCAAACCCGCAAGACGUCAUCAACCCGUCAACGUCCAGCAAGAAGCGCGGAGCAGACGUCAUAGACAGCAUAGUCGAAAAACGCAAGCGCGCCAAAGCCCGACAGCAAUCCGCCCGAGCCCCUCCCCCACUGACGCUCCUGGGCUCGAGGGCGCUUAACCGCAUACCGUCCCUCGAGCCCCGCAGCGCGGGAAUCAAGAACGAACGCUCGCCUUCUCCCAUUGGAUUGAAGCUCCGAAGGUCUUCGGGUGGUGGGACACCAGGAGUGGUACUCGGACCCCUAUCAGCAUUCAAGCGCGAAGGGACGGAAAGUCGGCCGUCCACCGCUAUCAAGAGGGAGGGC